UUCCGCAGCAUUUUGAAACAAUCGAUAAGGCUUUUCGUCCGAUAACUAGCUGAUAAGGCAUUGUUUGGCAGUACGGUCAUAUUGAAUAUUACAAGGAGUUGAAGCUAAAAUUUGGACUUGGCAACUUUGGAUAGCUUAAGGCACCGUCGCUUUUGACCAUAAUCCAAGUAAAUUAGUAACAAUGACAGGCGGCAAGCACUGGAGCUAUGACAUCCUCAAGCAGAUCGCCAUCAAUGUUUGCACUGAGGACGUGGAGCAGCUAAAGCAAAUGUUCGUCACAGAGAUUGGCUCGCAACGACGUAUGGAUUGUAUACGCUCCAUUGAGGAUCUUAUCGAUUGCCUGGAAAGGGCAGACGAACUGGCCGAGGACAAUGUGGAACCACUGCGCAGGAUGGCCGGCAAUCAGGCGCAACUAAUCGAGGCACUAGAUGGCUAUAAACCGCCUGAAAAUUUCCUUGAACCGCCAGUAAAUCUGUACCAGGAAAUUCGGUUGGCCGAAGAACUGCGACAGCAACUCCAUUUGUCAUCGCCCCAAGAGACAAGACCUCAUGUUUCGGCAGUUUCUGUAGCUGCACCCACACCUGCAAUCCAAAAUUACACCACUCCGGCUGUCUUCACGGAACACAAACGUACGGCUGUCUUUAAAAAGAUAUCCGAGGAGUUAGGACGCUUCUGGCGACGGUUGGGCAGAUCGGCGGGCAUUGGUGAGGGCAUCAUGGAUGACAUCGAGGAGCGAUAUCCGCAUGAUCUGAAGUCGCAGAUCCUGAAAUUGCUGCAGCUCAUCGAAGAGGACGAUUGUCACGACCCCAAACAUUUCCUAGUUCGCCUGUGUCGCGCCUUAGCCGAUUGUGGACGCAAUGAUCUGCGCAAGAAUGUUGAGCAGAUAAUGUCGCAUUAGAAUAACCCUUUAAUAGGGCCAAUUAGAAAUAGUGAUAAGGAACGGUGAUUCCCUUCUGCCAUUACAGAUAAGGUCUGCUCUGGAAAGCCAAAUGACCAAAAAAAUGCCUUUGUAAUUGCAAAAAAGAUAAAAUCUUUGUAUGUUUUUUAUGAUGUGUGAUUAAUAUUAAAAAUGUGAAUUUUAUAAUUAAAAAUUAUAUUUUUUUAAUUGAUAAAUUUAAAUACAUUGUUCUCUCUUAAAGAAGCAAGCAAUUUUUAUGCCUUUUGGUUAGAAAACAAG